GGCGGGACUUCCUUGCUGGUUGCUAAGACACUCUUGUUUUGCUCCUUGACAACCCUGGCUGGGGUGCUCUGGCUGCGGCCCUGGCUCCGGCCCCCGCGGGGGACAGCACUCCUUAGGGAAAGACAUUUUCUGCUCCCACCAAGUUGGCAGGGCCUGCUUCCUGAGCCUCCUGGGUGUCGUAGCUGCCAGGCCCCGCACCUCCUGAAAGCCUCACUCUCUCCUCCAGAGGGCACGCUGGGAGGAUCAUGGGAGAGACCGAAGGGAAGAAAGAUGAGGCUGAUUAUAAGCGCCUGCAGACCUUCCCCCUGGUCAGGCACUCGGACAUGCCAGAGGAGAUGCGAGUGGAAACCAUGGAGCUAUGUGUCACAGCCUGUGAGAAAUUCUCCAACAACAAUGAGAGUGCUGCCAAAAUGAUCAAAGAGACGAUGGACAAGAAGUUCGGCUCCUCCUGGCACGUGGUGAUUGGGGAAGGCUUUGGCUUCGAGAUCACCCACGAGGUGAAAAACCUCCUCUACCUUUACUUUGGUGGGACACUUGCGGUGUGCGUCUGGAAGUGCUCCUGACACUGUCACCAGCAGGUCCUCUCCUGCCUCUCCUCUGGGACGGAGAGAAGCCCUAGGCAGGGACCGGCUCUUCCAAGCCCAGUGUGGAGUCUUCUUUUGUCUUUGUGUACCAGUUUCCUGAGCCAUGCCCAGUGUGUGAAUUUGGUGACAUCACUCCCAGGCUCUUCGUCAUCUCCCUGAGUCCCAAGCUGUGGACAGGUGUCUGUGGGUGAGGGGUGGGACCUGUGACAGGUGAUGGAGUUAGGAGAUGAGACUUUUCUCACAGGGUUAUGUCAGUCCCACCUUGUAUCCCAGGAGCCCCACCGCCCUUCUGUCCCACUGCUGCUGGGAAGCGUCGACUGUCCUUGUUAUUUGUGGUCAUAUGGAAGCAGCCCCCAGAAGGAGCCUCUCCUUUCAUGAGACGCAGGCCUCCAGGUAGGGGCAUUCCCCCAUCCCCUUUCCCAGCCUGACCCUCGGCUGACCAGGCCACCACAUCUCAUUGGACCAGAAGCUACAGCUCCUGCUUUGGCUUGAGGAUCACGAAGCCUUCCUGUCUCCUCCUCCAUCUCAGCCCGUGUCAUAUGAACUUUUCACUCCGCCUCCACCAGACUAGCCACAGUUGAGAGCCAGGGCUGUGGUGUGCAAACUGCCCCCUCACCCCCAGAGAGCGGGUUCUUGAGGUGUUGCUGAGCCCUGGUGAGACACCCACCCGGGUCAGGAGCACUCUUGCCGCGAGGCCCCUUCAGCAGGGAAACCUGGCCUGCCAGGGACUUCAUCAGGGACCGCAUGCUAAUUUGUACUUAUUAUCUCGCUGGCUUUUCUAUAUUCUUUUUGAGUGUGGGGAGAAGGGUUUUAGUAGAAGGGUGAAUCCUAUUUUACACAGUGGUCUUAUUUAUAUAAAUGUCUUGGUUUUUACAAUUAAAAUGACCAAAAACUGA